UCUAUGAAACUACACAUAAACUUUCCCAGAACACCUCCCAAGGCCAUAUGUUUGCCUCUUCUCUGGUGUGCACCCCUUCAACCAGCCACCUUUACUUCCCAUUUCUUGUCAUUGAAUGUUAAAUUCUUUUUUUUUAGGUCUGCAUUGGGCUUAGUUCCCAUCAUCUGCAACAGGAUCAAUACCAAUGGGUUCGGGAGGCUGGUUUAGGUCAAUCAUUUGCAUAAAAGGAAGGAAGGAACACAGAUCAAGGCAAGCAAAGGCAAGAAAAAAAUUGUGCCAGCUGAAGGAUACAGCGAGAUUUCAGAGCCUUACUCAGGAUCACACAUAUAUGAAGCAAGCAUCAACUGCCUUGAGCUAUACACAUUCAUGGUGUAGAAUACAGGACCAAAUCAGAACUCGCAGACUCCGUAUGGUACAAGAAGGCCGAAUUCGGCAAAAGAAUUCGGAAAAUCAGUUAAAACUUGAAGCUAAGCUUCAUGAGCUGGAGGUGGAAUGGUGCAGUGGCUCUAAAACCAUGGAGGAAAUCCUUUCCAGGAUACAACAGCGAGAAGCAGCAGCAAUUAAGCGAGAGCGAACCAUGGCAUAUGCAUUCUCUCAUCAGUGGAGAGCCAACUCCAGCCAAUAUCUUGGUCAGGCUUCUUACAGCAUUGGCAAGGAAAAGUGGCGUUGGAGCUGGAUGGACCGCUGGAUUGCUGCUCGCCCUUGGGAGGUCCGGGUUCAUUCACGUUCUUCCGAUUCAAAAAAAGCGCAGACCAAGCAAAGCACAACAUAUCAUGUCGCCAAGCAGCCAGAGAGAAAAAUAUCAGUUUCAGUUAAACCCGCUAUUUCAAAUGGGAAAGGAACCGCGAAAGCAAAAGACAGUGUGCAGACAACGGCUGGAAGAUAAGCUACCAUUGAAUCAACAUAUGUUGGUCUGAAAAACUUUCAGGCACGCGGCUCAGGUUGCAGCUUUACCAAUUAGUCGCACGAAUUGGUUAUGAUUCUUGUAUAUUUGUGUGCUUAAUUUGCCGGUUCGGAUUCAGAGUGAAUUAUCUCCUGGUGUGUAAGAUAAGAUAGCAGACUUAUAUUCUAGAUUGUCAACAUCGUUACUUUAAAUACAAUCUAUAGGUCAUAUUAAAAUGCAUGUAUAAACUAUUGUGAUGUAUUGUAUCUGGUGAAGGAAAAUUCUCAACUCUAUUAUCA